CGAUUAAGUGUGCACUGCCAAAAGCUUCGCAUUAACAAAUUGUAAUGUUUCAAUCUCUAAAAUUGCCCUAGAUUCAUAGAAAUAGAUAUGCAGACAUAGAUACACGGCAAACAAAAAUACUUCCAUAUGCAAAUACGUAUACAUAUGGAAGUUUAGAUAUAUAUGCGUGUAUCUAGAUGCAUAUGUGUACAGAUUUGCAUGACCAUUAAAAUAAGUUUUGGCAGAAAAAGUACAAUUGGAAAACAUGAGCAAUAAUCACGAUAUACCACCGGCGAAACAGGCCGUCUUCCAGGUGAUAUCUGGUGGAUCCGCCGGAUUUCUCGAGGUGUGCAUCAUGCAGCCCCUGGACGUGGUCAAGACACGCAUUCAGAUCCAAAGUAAUGCGGGCAAAGUCAAUGCAGAGGAAACUUAUACUGGCGUUUUCGAUUGCUUCGCUAAGAUGUACCGGCAGGAGGGAAUCGCAUCAUAUUGGAAGGGUCUAAUGCCGCCAAUUCUGGCCGAAACACCCAAGCGAGCAAUUAAGUUUAUGGUAUUCGAGCAGGUGAAGCCAUUACUUCAGUUCGGUUCCCCAUCACCGACCCCGCUGACAUUCGCCCUUGCGGGAUUUACGGCAGGCGUUCUGGAAGGCAUUGUGGUGAAUCCAUUUGAGGUUGUGAAGGUGGCACAGCAGUCAAACCGCCAAAGUAAAAUGGUAAGCACCUUCGAGGUGGCCCGGCAGAUUGUAAGACGCGAUGGCUUCGGGCUGAGGGGUCUCAACAAAGGCCUGACGGCAACAAUGGGCCGCAGCGGAGCGUUCAAUACGAUCUACUUUGGAUUCUACCACAGCGUAAAGAAGCUAGUGCCCGAAUCGGAGAAUAGCACCUGGGAGUUCUUGCGGAAGGUGUCCAUUGGCUUUUUGGCCGGCACUCUUGCCUGUUUGUUUAAUAUACCAUUCGAUGUGGCCAAGUCCCGCAUCCAGGGACCACAGCCAGUGCCCAACGAGAUCAAGUAUUUUGGAACGGUCAACACAAUGCUCACCGUAUAUCGCGAGGAAGGAUUCCGGGCUCUCUAUAAGGGUCUGGUACCCAAGAUAAUGCGUCUCGGUCCCGGCGGCGCCAUUAUGCUGCUUGUCUUUGACUACGUCUACGGAUAUUUACUGCGGCGUCAUUCACAGUAUCCUUCUCCAGCUUAAUACUCCAAAAUUGUCCGUCCUUAAAAUUUAUUCAAGUACAGGCUAAAUUCAAUGUUUUAACAAAAUCUUGAGAGUAAACAGGAUAUAGACUUAGCAAAUAUAUAUCUUGAAUUUAUAUAAUAAACUGACCUUGCAUCUAUUGGAAAACAGCACCAUCACAUUUAGGCUAGGCACAUUUCAUCCAGAUUAACCAAAUUUAAUGAUUGUCUCACAAACAACAGAUGUUAAAAAUAAAUAUGUUAAAUAAAAAAUUGUUAAACUUGUUGUCCCUA